CGCUGCGGGCGCCCGGCUCCGGGGGCGGCGGCACCAUGAGCGACAUCCGCCACUCGCUGCUGCGCCGCGACGCACUGAGCGCCGCCAAGGAGGUGCUCUACCACCUGGACAUCUACUUCAGCAGCCAGCUGCAGAGCGCGCCGCUGCCCAUCGUGGACAAGGGCCCCGUGGAGCUGCUGGAGGAGUUCGUGUUUCAGGUGCCCAAGGAGCGCGGCGCGCAGCCCAAGAGACUGAAUUCACUGCAGGAGCUUCAGCUUCUUGAAAUCAUGUGCAAUUAUUUCCAGGAGCAAACCAAGGACUCCGUCCGGCAGAUUAUUUUCUCGUCCCUUUUCAGUCCCCAAGGGAACAAAGCUGAUGACAACAGAAUGAGCUUGUUGGGAAAACUAGUUUCCAUGGCAGUGGCGGUGUGCCGAAUCCCCGUGUUGGAGUGUGCAGCCUCCUGGCUCCAGCGGACGCCUGUGGUCUACUGCGUGAGGUUAGCCAGGGCCCUCGUGGACGACUACUGCUGCCUGGUGCCAGGAUCUGUGCAGACUCUGAAACAGACCUUCAGUGCCAGCCCUCGCUUCUGCUGCCAGUUUGUGACAUCUGUCACCGCGCUUUAUGACCUAUCCUCAGAUGACCUCAUCCCACCUCUGGACUUGCUCGAGAUGAUUGUCACCUGGAUUUUUGAGGACCCAAGGUUGAUUCUUAUCACUUUUUUAAAUACGCCAAUUGCAGCCAAUCUACCAAUUGGAUUUUUAGAGCUCACCCCACUCACCGGACUGAUCCGCUGGUGCGUGAAGGCGCCCCUGGCUUAUAAGAGGAAAAAGAAGCCCCCGCUCACCAACGGCCAUCUCAGUAACAAAGUGACGAAGGACCCGGGCGUGGGCCUGGACAGGGACUCGCACCUCUUGUACUCCAAGCUGCAUCUCAGCGUCCUGCAGGUCCUGAUGAUGCUGCAGGGCCACCUGACCGAGAAGAACCUGUAUGGGCGCCUGGGCCUCAUCCUCUUCGACCACAUGGUCCCACUAGUUGAGGAGAUCAACAGGCUGGCAGACGAGCUGAACCCCCUCAAUGCCUCCCAGGAGAUUGAGCUUGCGCUUGACCGGCUUGCACAGGCUCUGCAGGUGGCCAUGGCCUCCGGGGCCCUGCUGUGCACGCGAGAUGACCUGAGAACCUUGUGCUCCAGGCUGCCCCAUAAUAACUUGCUCCAGCUGGUUAUCUCAGGCCCUGUGCAGCAGUCUCCCCACACAGCGCUCCCCCCUGGGUUUUACCCUCACAUCCACACCCCUCCACUGGGCUACGGGCCUGUGCCGGCCCACCCCGCUGCUCACCCCGCCUUGCCCACGCACCCCGGGCACACCUUUAUCUCAGGCAUGACGUUCCCCUUCCGGCCCAUCCACUAGGCCGACCUCUUGUGUGCCACCGCGUGGCAGUGUGCCUUCUGCGCCCGGGCUGGGAAGCCCUCCAGAGGAAAGGAUGGCCGCUCCAUAGAGGAGGACCUUGGAGAGACAGCCAGGUGUCUCCUUCUUGCCGGCCGGUCUUGGUGCAGAAGUUCUGAGUCGUCGUGGUCCAGGUGCCUCCUACCUUGGUCACAUUCUUAAAAAUCCAGAUUGGAUGGCCCUCUACAGAGUGAUGUGGGUGUUUUUUAAAGUCUGCCCCUCCGCAAGCCUGCUGUUCAGAGGUGCUCCAAGCCUGUGUGCGAGUGGCAUUUCUGGGAGAAGUGGAGUGGGUGUCUGGCUGCCUUCCUCGUGAAAGUUGUGUGUCGCUGCAAUACAGACAGUCUCUUCUUACAGCUCCAUGAGCUCAAAGCUGGUACGUGGUGAUUGCAAGUAUAUACACAGCGCUUGGCGCUGUUCAGGGAAGCCUGUCAGGAUGUCCCCUGUCACCUAGGAAAGGAACUUCUCUGUUUUAUGGAGGUCUCUAAAUUUUCCUUUCAUAUGUUCAAAUAAAUUUUUUUCUAAACAGUUUGCUAGCCUUGAUGGAAUGUAUUUUAAAAACUUAGGGAAUGCAAGCUGUGGUGGUUUUCUCCGCAGUCUGCACAGACUUAUGGUAAGAAGAUGGAGGACAUCUUUCGUCACUUUUGACAAAAACACCGUGGACACCACGUCCCUGCCCUGUGCCAGACAAUCUGGCGUCUGCUGGCCCAUGAGAGCUUGGGUGUGUUUGCUUCAGGUACAGAAUACAGCCCUCAGGAGUUUUUUUUUUCUGUUACAUAAUGGGAAGUUACCUGCUUUGAGUUCUCCUUUAUUCAUUUCAGGAGAAGAGAAAGGUAUCAGGAGCCAUGUCACUGUGGCACCCUUAGUCUGAAAGGGAGAAAUGAGAGCUGGUCCCAGCAAACAAUGUGGCCUUCUGGGAGAGUUAAAGGACUAAGAUUAACCUGGAGGGAUGAGAUUUAACUUUAUAACUUACUAACCCUUCUGUUCCUUGUUGAAGACAGUGACCUGGAAGACCAGACACCACACCAGGUUGUCAACAGAUUCCCAUUUGUGUGUGUGUUUUCUAAGUCUGGAAUUUAAGACACGCUCAAGAUGAGGAGUCCCUGGGUGGUGCAAACAGUUAAUGUGCUCGUCUGCUAACCAAAAGGUUGGAGAUUCAAGUCCACCCAGAAGUGCCUCGGAAGAAAGGUCUGCUGAUCUACUUGAAAACAAUGAACCAUUGAAAACCCUAUGAAGUACGGUUCUGCUCUGACACACACGGGGCGCCACGAGUUGGAGUUCACUUGACAGCAGCUGGGCGAGAUAAAAACAUGACGUGGUUGGGAGGCCCACGGGUGCUUUCUAAGGGAUGUCGAGCCCACGGCUUCCUUGGGCACUUGAGGUUCCCGUGUUCUCACCCCAUAUUCCCAACAGCCACAACCAGGUGCAGGGUCGGGCCCGCUGUGUGACGCCUCUUUGGAAUCUGUUUGAAAACCAUGAACUAUAAAGAAAGUGCUCUUUUCUUUGGGUUUGAGUCCAUUACCAUUGGUUGAGUCUGUUUCCUGUUUAAGUGUCAGUCUGCUGGUGUCAGGGCAGGAACUGAAGUAAAGUGCCUGCUUGCAUGGCUUCCUGUGGGACACAGGUGUGAGGCUGGAGAGAUGAGCACUUAGCUGUGCCUUGGUACUUAAGUCUGGUUUGGGCUGUUUCUGAAAAGGCUUGGAAAGAAGUUCUCCCAGCUUUGUUGUUAGAGAAGGUCUUUGAGUGGUACUCUCCUGGCUCUAUCUCAGAAGGCACCCUCCACCAGAUAUUUUGGGGCUAGAUAGGUGUUAGCUCCCCUCAGACACAAGGUGAGUUUUGCCAAAAUAAGAAAGGAAAAACGUAGGAAAUAAAGCCACUAGAGCCCUAGACUCCUUUUUGUGGUAUUUGUAGCCAUGUGUGAGUAAUUAGGAAACCCUAGUGGCGUAGUGGUUAAGAACUACAGCUACUAACCAAAAGGUUGGCAGUUCAGAUGUACCAGGCACUCCUUGGAAACCCUGUGGGACAGUUCUACCUUGUCCUGUAGAGUUGCUAUGAGUCGGAAUCCACUCAGUGGCAGUGGGUUUGGUUUUUGGUUGGUGUGUAAUUAAAUCAAAUUAUUAAAAACGUAAAUACAGGUGAGCUGGUCAAACUUUCACCGAUUUUUACUUCUUUAUUAAUGAAAAUACUACCUACAGUUCCGUAAUUAUGUGCUGUCAGGCACCUGCUAGGUGUUCUGUAUACAUUAAAAAUUGAUCUGUGAGAAAAUAUUUGCAGCAUGUAAAAGUAUACAGAAUAUAUAAAGAACUGUGGAUUAAUGAAAAGACAUUACAAUUAAAAAAAAAGUGAAAAUGAGCAUAAAACUUACAGAAGAGAAAAUGUAAAUGGUCACUGGAUAGGAAAAGAUUCUCUACCUAGCCAGGCAGUUGCAAAUGAAGGCGAGCUGCUGUUUCUUCACUUACCGAUCAGAUUGGCAAAAUAGAAAGUGUAGCCAGAGGUGUGGGGAGACGGUUAUUCACACUGAGUGUGGUGGGUAAAUCAGCACCUCUGGAGAAAUUAAAAAUCAGAACUGUCCUGUGACCCAGCAAUUCCAGAAACAAGGGAUGUUCACCGCAGUAUUUUUUAAACAACAGCUUUAUUGAGAUAUAACUCACCCUUUUCAAAUACACGAUUCAGUGGUUUUUAGUAGAGCCAUAGAGUUGUGCAACCAUCACCAGUAUCUAUCUGAGAACAUUUUCAUCAUCCCAGAAGGAAGCCCAUCCUGUUGAGCAGUGAUUGCCCAUUCUCCCACCCCCAGCCCUGGCAACGCAAAUCUGCUUUCUCUCUCUAUAGGAUUUGCCUAUUCUGAGCGUUUUGUAUAAACGGAAUCUCACGUGGUCUUUUGUGAGUGGCUUUUUUCACUUAAUGUUUUCAAGGUUCAUCCAUGUCGUAGCAUGUUUCAAUCAGUAGUUCGUUCCUUUUUAUGGCUGAACGAUCCAUUGUCUGGAUAUAGCAUUUCAUCCAUCCAUCAGCUGAUGGAUAUUUGGAUUGUUUCCACAUUUGGGCUAUGGUAAAUAAUACUACUAUGAACAUUUUUUGUACAGGUUUUUGUUGUUGAUCUUGUUUCUUUUUUUUUUAAAUUUUUAUUGAUCGUGUUUUUGCUUUGUAAUUUAGGAGACCACACGUGUUGCAGAGUAGAACUGCUCCAUAGAGUUUUCUUGUCUAUGAUCUUUGUGGAACUAGAUCGCCACACCUGUUUCUUCCAUGGUGUGCUGGGUAGUUUUGAACACUUGUACGAGUUUUUGUGAGGCCAUGUCUUAGGCUGGGUUCUCUAGAGAAGCAAAACCAGGAAAGCGUAUAAAUAUAUAUAGAGAGAGAGAUUUGUAUCAAGGAAAUGGCUCACGCAGUUGUAGAGGCUGAAAAGUCCCAAGUCUGUGUAUCAGGAUAGAGGCUUCUCUCAAAUCACGUAGCCACAGGGUCUGGAGAACCCAAGAUUGGCAGGUCAGAGAGCAGGGCUCCAGCUCUCAGGAUAUGAAGAUCAAUGAGAUAUGCAGAUAAGCUGACAGCUCAAGUCCCAAGAGCCAGAGGUCAGGCAAACAGGAGGCACCCGCAGGAUCCACGUCCCAAGAUCUCCAGAUAAGCUGAUAGCUCUAGUUCCGAGGGAGGUCAGAUGAACAGGAGGAACCCACAGGAUCCGAAUACCAAGAUCUGUAGAUAAGUUGAUAGUGCAAGUCCCAAGAGCCGGUUAGACAAACAGGCAGCGCAGGAUCUAGAGUGAGCAAAGCCAAAACUUCUGCUUAUAUUUGGAUGUAGGCCACACCCCCAAGGAAACUCCCUUUCAACUGAUUGGCUACUCACAGAGGAUUCAGUCAUGGGAGUAAUCACAUAUAAACACUGAGAAUCAAGGCCCAGCCAAUCUUAACCAUCACAGGCCAUAUCUUUUUAGUUCUCUUGGGUACAUACAUAUAUAUAUGUUGUUGUUAGGUACCCUGGAGUUAGUUCCAACUCAGUGACCCUGUGUACAACAGAACAAAAUGCUCUUGGGCCAUCCUCACAGUCAUUGCUGUAUUUGAGCCCAUUAUUGCAGCUGCUGCGUCAAUCCACCUGGUUGAGGGUCUUCUUCUUUUUCAUUGACCCUGUUUUACCAAGCAUGAUGUCUUUCUCCAGACACUGGUCCUUCCUGAUAAAAAAUUUAAAGUAAGUGAGAUGAAGUCUAGCCAUCCUGGCUUCUAAGGACCAUUUUGGCUGUACUUUUUCUGAGACAGAUUUGUUCAUUUUCCUGGCAAUCAAUGGUAUAUUCAGUAUUCUUCACCAACACUGUAAUUCAAAUGCAUCAAUUCUUUGGUCUUUUUUAUUCAUUGUCCAGCUUUCGUGUACAUAUGAGGCGAUUGAAAACACCAUGGCUUGGUUCAGGCACACUUUAGCCCUCAAAGUGACAUCUUUUCUUUUUAACACUUUAAAGAGGUCAUUUGCAGCUGAUUUGCCCAAUGCAAUACAUUGUUUCAUUUCUUGACUGCUGCUUCCAUGGGCAUGUACAUACGCACACACCCCUAAAAGUUGAAUUGUUGCGUGCAGGAUUGUUUCAGUAAGGAAAAUCGAGAAGCAGCUUGACCAGCCAUCCAUAGAGGACUGGCUAACUAGGAGUUGUAAACUAAGCCCCUAGCACCAGACAGGUACUGGCCACAGAUGAAGCUCUGAGGGUUAGACUCCAGGACAGACUGGGUACUGAGCAGACCCGACAGCAUGUGGAGCUGGUCACUGACGUGUGGGCACCUGGGCCAAGGUGAGUGUUGCCAGAGUUUCAGAGUUUUCAACAGACAGUGGAAAUAGGGUUUUUGUGUGCUUUAUUUCUUAAUUUGAAAAAUCAUGUCUGGAAGCUAAUCUCUAGUGCUAGACGUCAAGAUAGUGUUGGAGGGUGGGAAAUGGAAGAGGCUUCUAGGUGCUAGCUACACGGGCAUGUCCCGUUUGUAAAAAUUGGUCAAGAUGUACACUUAUGCGCAAUUUUCUGUAUGCUAUUAUACUUUAGAAGUUCCCCCUCCCCUCCAAAAAAAAUUCCCCAACACCAUUUGGGCUAAACAUGUUUAUGAGCCAGAUUUAGCCUAUAGCCUUCCUGUUUUUCACCUUUGUCCUACUGACAUGGCAAGAUCCUCAGACUUUUCUAAGUGACAAAAUUUUGCAUAAUUCGAAUAGCAUUCUGAAGAGUAAAAUUCCAUGUGGUAAAAUUAUUUUUUUUAAAGACAAAAUGAUCCUACAGCUUCCCCAUACCCAUUGCUGUCGAGUCGAUUCAGGCUUACAACAACCCUAUGGGACAGAGUAGAACUGCCCCAUAGGCUUUCUAAGGCUGUAAUCUUUAAGGGGGAAACCCUGGUGGCAUAGUGGUUAAGAGCUACGGCUGCUAACCAAAAAGUCAGCAGUUGGGAUCCACCAGGCAGUUCUACUCUGUCCUAUAGGGUUGCUAUGAGUCAGAAUCGACUCGAUGGCAGUGGGUUCUGUUUCUGGGUUUUAAUCUUAUGGGAGUAGAUUGCCACAUCUUUUUCCUGUGGAGCAGCUCAUGAGUUCGAACCAGCAACCUUUCAGUUAGCAGCUGAGAGCUUACCCACUGCCUUAUAACUUUCCUACAGGUAUAUGUAUAUAAAUGUGUUAAAAAAUGAUAGACACCAAAGUGAAGACAGUGGAGACCUCUGGGAGAACACUGGAGAUGGAGUGGGUGAUGGCCAAGGGAGACUUUGUUUUUCUAUAUAGUUUUAAAGUUUCAAUUUUGUUUUUAAACUUUUAAUUUAAAAAAGUUCUGUGAGUCACAGUAAAUGGCUACAGACUUGAACUAGCCCCUGGUCAUUAUAAGCAAGAGAAGGCCACUGUUGGCAUUGUUGGCAUGUUUACCAGGCAGUGUUGCACAUAUUUUCCUUUUUUUAUAAGGAUGUUUUCAUGUGUUACUUGUCUAAUUAAAGAUUAAUUUUUCUGAAAACUUAUUUUAGAAUGCCUGUUUCUGGUAGUGAUGGACCAGGUUAUUCAGACCAACCCUUCUGCUUAAAAUAACAGAAAACGCUGGAUAAAAUACAGAAACAUCUUGAGGUGUUGAAGGGCCGACAGGAUAGGAGGAAACUACCAGGUCAAGAGCCAAGGGAAAGUAGCAACCUAGAGCAGUAAGGUGUACCCACAGGGUAUUUGCCUGCAUCCCAGCAAACGUGUGUUUUAGUUUCGGUGGCCUCAAAGGAUUAAGGGCCCAAGGAGUCUCCGAGGAGCACCUCUCUACAUGACGCUGGGAUCCCAAGGGCUGCACCCUCAGUCAGAAUUAACUGAAGACUGCAAGGAAGAAUGCCUUGGCACUGAGCAGAGCACAGCAAAACACAAAAGAAAAAUCUCGUGCCUGAGCUGUGAAGGGCAUGAGCUGAUCUUCACCCAACAUGGCAUCACUGGCUAAUCCAGCGAACCUCCCUCUGUGAACUUAGUUCAAGAGGGUCCUCUGAGCUGUAGCUCUCCCGGGUGCUUGACAGAAGCCAAUGCAAGCCCUCUGGAGGAAAGCCAUUCAUCCUAGGCCUCCAAAGUGUCCUGCGAAUUGAGUUGUCAAGGACAAUGAACAAUAUACAGUAAAAAGUAAAUGAGGCACCAUGAUCAAGAACCAGCAGAUGCAACCAGCACUAGAAGCAGAUCAAGGAAGUCUUCAGUUGUCCGAUUGUCAGAGUCAGAUUAUAAAACAAUUACACUUCCGUUUAAGAAAAUAGAAGACAAAAGUGACACUAUCUACAGAGGAAAAAGAAAUAAAAAGUAACUUAGCAGACUUGAAAAAGACCCAGGUAGGAGUUCUGGAACAGAAAAAGAGUAACCAAUUCAAUGGGGUUGGUGGAAGCAAAAUGGUACAACCCCUUUGGAAGGAAAUUUGGCAGAGUUAUGUAUGCAUUUGCCCUUUAACCUAGAAAACUACUUCUAGGACUCUACCUAGAGACCCACUGGCAAAAAUAACAACGUAUGCACAAAGAAAGGUAUUCAUUGCAGCGCUAUGCAGAAGAUUGGAAGUUUCCCGAAAGAUUAUCAACAGGUUGAUGUUUUAUCAUCCACAUAAUGGAUUAUUAUGCCACUGUUAAAAAAAAAAAAAAACCAUAUUCUGAGAUGGAAUAGCCACCAGGAUUUAUUUUUAACUAAAAAAAAAAAAAAAAAAAGGCCCAGAAAAGUAUUUCUACCUUUUCCAUAAGAAAAAAGGGAGGGGUAUAGAUAGAAGGAAGGAUAUGGCAAAAUCUAAUAAAAGUAGUUAUUCAGGGGCAGAGGGAGGAAUAGGAUGAGGGGUCAGGAAAGGAAACAAGACUAUCCAAAGUAGCUUGUUUUGUAGUUUUGACUUUGGAACCAUUUAAAGGUUUAACCAUCAUUAAGUCAGACAGAAAAACAAAACAGUGAAACAGAUGAACUGAACUUGGCACCCAAAUUGGUGUUGUGUUGACUACCCAGUUUAGUAUGGACUGAGUAACUGCCACCCAUCUUCAUAGUGCUCCUCCUGGUGGCCUUGGCCCAGGGCCUAGAUGGGGAGCCCCAGGCUGGAUGGCUGACAGGGGGCCUGUAGGAGGUGGUGUGAUACAUUCCCCAGGUCUUUAUCCCCUUCCAGGAGUGAAGGACUGAUCCUCCAAGAUUCUAGGAGCUUGGCAGGCAGAGAGCCUCUCAGCUGUUGGCCCUCUACAGAAUUGUCUCUGCUAAAGAGCAGCCCUUUUCCCAACAUCACACCCUCCUCCCAGAGUAGCCCGUAUCUCAUGACUACUUGAUGCAGCUUGUGGCAACCCUGAAGAAUCAUCCUGGCCUCAGAGCUCCUUGGGGAGUCAGCUGGGGCCUUCAUUGAGCCUGCUUCCCAGUCCACAAUCUUUUUUCUGCCUGAUUCUACUUCCGUCCCUUACUUUCCGUUCCAGUCCACAAGUGGUGAUUUCAGGAAACUUCAUUAACAAGGCUCCUGGGUGCUAAUCUCCAUCUCAGGGCUGGUUUCCCUGGGAAACAAACCUUUCUUCACCAACAGGCCUAGAAUGGUCCCCAUCCUCAAUGAAUGCCCAAUCUCUGGUGCAGGACCUGGACCUGGAAAAGAGGCUGUAUGAGCCAGCAUGGCGGCCUGGGUCAAGCCUCUGCUCUCCAGUCCUGGAAAGGUGUUGGUUACACUAUCAAGAAAAGCCUCUCCGAACCCCUGAGGGGGCAGGAGAACAGUGGGAUGCAGACCACAAAUUCUCAUAAAAAGACCAGACUUAAUGGUCUGACUGGGACUAGAAGGACCCCGGUGCUCAUGGUCCCCAAACCUUCUGUAGCCCAGGACAGGAACCAUUCCCGAAGCCAACUCGUCAGACAUGGACUGGACUGGACAAUGGGUUGGAGAGAGAUGCUGAUGAGGGGUGAGCUACUUGCAUCAGGUGGACAGUUGAGACUGUGUUGGCAUCUCCUGUCUGGAGGGAAGACGGGAGGGUAAGAGGGGGUUAGAAGCUGGCAAAAUGGUCACAAAAAGACAGUGGAAAGAGGGAGCGGAAUGACUCAUUAGGGGGAGAGUAGUUGGGAGUAUGUAGUAAGGUGUAUAUAAGUUUAUAUGUGAGAGACUGACUUGAUUUUUAAACUUGCACUUAACAAUAAAAAUUAUUAAAAAAAAAAAAAAAAAAGAAAGCUGCUCUGGGCUGCCCAUUGGUCUCUGUUAGGACAUUCCUUGAGAACUGAUCUCCACUCCACGUAUAAUGAAUCCCUUGAAGGAAGAAAUUGGAUUUGUCAAUGAGUUUAUCCUAUUGGGAUCAUCCAUCAUCAUCCAUGGAAGCAGAAGUCAGGAAAUCCAAUGACAUACUGCAUUGGGCAAAUCUGCAAAAGACCUUUUUAAAGUUUUCAAAAGCAAAGAUGUCACUUUGAGGACUAACAUGCACCUGACCCAAGCCCUGGUCUUUUCAAUUGCCUCAUAUGCCUGUGAAAGCUGGACAGUGACAAAGAAAGACAGAAGAAUGGAUGCAUUUGAAUUGUGAUGUUGGCAAAGACUAAUGAACGCACUGUGGAUGGUCAGAAGGAUAAACAAAUCAGUCUGAAGAAACACAACCAGAAUGUUCCUUAGAAGUGAGAAUGGCGAGACUUCCACUUGACUCACGGUGACCCCACGUUUUAGGGUAGAACUGCGUGCCUUAGGGUUUUCAGUGGCCUUUCUCCUGCAGUGCUACUGGGUAGAUUCAAACCACCGAUCUUUUGGUUAGUAGCUGAGAGCAAAUCAUUUGUGCCCCCCCGGGAAUGUGUAAAUGCUGGUGAAACAAGCCAGCAGAGGGAGAGGGUAAAGAUUGAAGGAACGAGGGAGACCUCAGAGUGCGAGGUCUCCCAGGAGCAAGGAGGACGCAACAGGGUCCUCCAGUUCAAAGCAAAGCCUCAGCCUCCCUCAGGCACAGGGACAGCUCUGUGCCUAGGCCCUCCUUGGAGAGGGGAAGGUUCCCGCCGGCCAUGUGCAGGAAGGAGGUGUUUGUGGACCCUUAUGCUCCUGGCUAGCAGGUGUUAGCCCAGUUCUGUAGAUGGACGGUAGUACCUUCCCUCAAGUUACCUGGCUGGAAGAAGUCUCCUGUGAACCCAGUUUAUUCUGUCUCCAAAUCCAAGCUCUUCUUUCUUAAUUGUAAUUAAUUUUUUUAAGCUUUAUUCUGGUAGUAUGUAUGCUACAAAACAUUUGCCAUCUCAACCAUUUUUAUGUGUACAAUUCAGUGGCAUUAGUACGUUGUCUUGUUGAUGUCACGUAAUACACACUAUGUUUACUCCUAGGUACAUUUAUUGGCCCAGUGGAUAUCCUUUACCAACAGCGAUUCUUAACUUUACACUGAACAUCAAAUCCUUAGUCGGACAUAGCGCAUCUCAUCAAUUCAGUGCUUACCGACAAUGCCUAUCACCUCCAGUAGCUUCUAGAAAACCAGCAAGCCGCUUGGAUGAUUCCCUUCUCACUCUGGGCCCAUUAACCAUGAGGCUUUCCUGAAACUACCCCGUGCAUCUGGCCUGUUUUUCAGGGUCAUUUCACCUUAAAUCCCCACUCACUCCCCUUAAAUAAGACAUCUCUAUGGACUAACAGGAAACUCUGGGGGUGUAGUGGUUAAGUGCUACAGCUGCUAACCAAAAGGUCGGCAGUUCGAAUCUGCCAGGCGCUCCUUGGAAACUCUAUGGGGCAGUUCUACUCUGUCCUAUAGGGUCACUAUGAGUCGGAAUCUACUCGAUGGCAUUGGGUUUUUGGUUUUGGAUGGACUUAUAACUAAUCAGCCCACCAUGACACCUAACUCUGGUGGAUCUUGCCUUUUGAGUUGUUGGGAAGGCUGUGAUUCAGCUGUGGCUGUCCAUGGCCUCAAUGGAGGCCAGUGGCUUGUAGCUGGCAAGGUCAGGCUCUUUGCUGCACUUGUUUCCUGGAGGAUACAGGUGUGUCCUCUGCCUUCCCAAGCUCCUAGUCCAGGGGUGAAGCCACCAGACAGAAUGGAGGCUUUUUCUAGCAAGGACCAAAGGGGAAGCGCCAAAUUUCAGUGCCUGGGGGUGGGGCGUGGGGCAGGAAGAAUCCAAAAAUGGGACAAGGGGACCACCACACAUGAGACAGUAAUGUGAGCUGAGUUCUGGCCUCUGGCAGGGAGACAGAAAGGAGGGGAAGGGCUGUGACCACAGGACAGCUGGGCAUCCCCACACCCCACCUGUAGCUCUCCAUCACCAGAUCUUGGGGAGUGUCAGGAGAAUUUUAAUGUGAUCUCUCCAGAUGAGAGCCGCCUAGGCUAUGAGGCCAGGAAAGCAAAGUGAUGGGAUAAGGAGAGAUGGUCAGGGAGACUGAUCUCCAUGGGGAGGGGGGCCUGGCCCAGGCAGGAGGCAGCCGGGCAGUCCGGAAGGGGAAAGAAGCCAGGGAGGCCCUGCUGGGAACUGCUGGGGAAUGGGCCUAGCUCUGCCAGGUGACGAUUUUAGCUCUGCCAGGUGCACAAGGUGGCCCGGGUGGAUCCCGUCUUGUCCCCUCAGCCCGCUGACCCUGCCUGCCUGUGCCACCGCAGGGAUCCAGGAGGAGAGGUCCAAUGUGUGCGUGUGGAGGGGAGAUCCAUUCAGGGCCUGCUGGGCCCCAGGAUGGGGCGUCCUCAUUAACUGUCACCUAAUUGAGUGUUAAUUAACCACAACUUGAACCUGAGCCAGGAGCGCCCUGAGGCUGGGCCUGCCCUUCAAGGGUAGCAGGGACCCGGCUGGGGAGGCCCAGUCUCUGCUCCUCUCCCCGCAUCCCCACACCUAGCAGCGGCAGUCGCCAACUC